AUGAAAAUUUGGUUUAUCCAACAAACCAUAUUCUAUAUUGCCAUCACCCUCGUGAGAAAGAUAGUUUGCUCCUACAAAAAUGAAAACAUAGAAGAGUUGAAAAAAAUCAUAAACAAUGAGGAGCUGUAUUCUAACCUGGAGAAGCUAGAGAAUAUCAUUCUGCAGACCCUGGAACAGGAUAACUUGAAGUUACCCAUCGUAAGACAUGAUGUUCGGAGAUAUUUUGAUUUAUCGAAAUUUAAAAUUAUCCCAUUUAAGGCACUAAAUCGCCAUGAUCGUGAAUACGUUGUCCCGACUGUCAACUCGGAAGCGGAAGACAUCAUAAGAUAUGAACAUGCGUUAAAGACACAAGUCGCCAUUAACUACAAACACGAACUCUCAGAUUUGAUUAAGAAGAAAAUACUAAUCGUACGGACGCUAAAAAUUAUUAAAAUUAUGCAAAUUCCUAUGAAGGAAUAUAAAAACAGCUCAAAAUUGAACGAGGCUUUGCUCAAGUUGAAUAAUAUAUUCACCAACGAAAAUGACCCAAAGAAUGAUGAAGAGGCUGGCAUUCGUAUGAUGAAGAAACGUAUCUUUGGAAAAGCAGGCUUCUCAGGAAAGAGCGUCCGAAAGAAAAUAGCUCUCUACAUGCCGAUAGAAUUCCAGACAGACAUUAUCGACUACAACCAUUUGCUCUUCACUUACCAUCCCAAUAUUGAACUGAUGAGGAAGCUGGACCGCAGGGCCAACUACUUCGACAUGGGAAUAUUCAAUUACGUAGGCACGCACUUCAUAGCCCUCGGCCAUUUCAUCCUUCUCAAACUGGCCCACAAGCACUAUAACAAAUUCUUCCAAAUUGGCAACAUCAAGUUCCACAACUGGCAUAGCAUCCUACGGUUCAACCACUCGGACAGAUACAAGGUGCUGGAUCUUCUCUGUGACGAAAGUAACACUUACGAAGGAAAUAAGAAGAGGACAGAACUCUACUUAAAAAACAACAUAUCGUCUACGACAGAAGAAUGCACCAUCUUGGAGUUCCUUCUACAUCACAUCAAUAAAUAUCAGAUGGAGCUAUUCACAAAUGCUUCCAAAUUAAACUUAAAUCUACAAAUGUUAAUGGAGAAUGAUCACUUAGAAGAGAAAUAUUUUAACUUCAUGUGCGAAAAGGGUAAGAAUGGGCCCUGUUCCAUCUAUGAUGGUCCGAAGUUUAAAGAAGACAUUCAGAAGGAUUUUCCAUUUGUGGACAACCAUAACUAUACCUUCGAACAGACCAAACUCCUUUCCCCGGUAAAGAACAAUCCUCAUGACAUCUAUACAAACUAUGUCAACUUUAUAAAGUACUAUAACGAUUUUAAUGGGGAUCAGGUUCUGUAUCUACACCUCCUCAGCAUGAUCGGCCUCUUGAAUGGACAUAUGGAUGCCUAUGUCGGGUCUCUCUAUCUGCCAGGCUACUACAACGCGAUACAAUUGGCUUACCAAGACAAUCAAUCGAUGAAGGAUCUCUCUGAUAACCUCGUAAAAUGUGUUGCGAUGUGCUACAGUGGGACUAACAAGAGAUUCUUGGCCUUCAAAAUCAGAUCCUUAUUUAGAAACAAAAAGUUCGACUCUUCCAAGUGCAACAUAUGCGAAGGAACCCUCUUCUACAUUAACAACCAAGUGCAGGACAGCAUGUCCAUGCUGCAAAAGUACAACGGAUACACGACGAAAGUGCUCAAGGUGAACAUGGUGAGCGACCUGAUUAGGCUUAUGAAUAUAUAUGAAGAAUACAACAGUUUCCUAAUGCACGACCUGAACUGGUUUACCUUCCUCUUCCUGUUUAGGAUGACUACUUAUAAAGACAUCGCGCAGUACAGCAUAUCCAACGCUAUGCACCUGGACAUACAAGACGAAGACAAGCAAGAGAAAACCAUGCUGACAUACCACUGGUAUCCCUCCUACUUGAAGAAAUACAUCACGAACCGCACUAGGAAGGACGAGGCAGUGAAACUGCUGAAAGAGCUCGAAAAGAUGAUAGACGAGGACAUCCUGGAUAAGAUGAAGAAGUGUAUCAAGUUCAUAAUCCACGUAAACUCUGUGCUACAGAUGGAUUUCUUUUACUACUUAAACGAAACGCCUCUAGGGCAACAUCAUCCAUUUGCCAUGACGAUGGAGAUCGAAGGGAAGUUUAGUCAUUGGUUCUCGAAUUACAUGUACAGCUUCCCCUUAAUAAAUUACGAAGACCCCAAGGGAAGGUACAACAUGCCAGAGCAACAGAAAAAGGGACAGUUUGUGGCUCCCAAGUAUACUAAGUGGACCUUGCACUUGAAGAAAGUCAUCGAGCAGUCCUUUAUCAACCAUUUUAAUCAGAAGCACGUGAAGACGCUGUUUAAAAAUUUUGGGCCCUACAACAUAAGCAACAAAACCAUGCUCCUCAGAGAUUCAUAUGAACUCUACCAAAAAAAUUUUGAAAACAUCUACUUCCUUGGAGAUAUUAUGCUUUUGAGAAAAUUUUUUGGUGCUACCCCUAAAUCGAUUAUCCUAAGGCAGCAGGUGCACUACUUCCUUCACAACAUCUUUGGGAACCCCUUGAACUUCUACAAAUUCGGGUUGAUUUAUGGAUACACCUUCAACAAGGUUUACCUCCGGGAAAUCGUGGAAGCCUUGUAUGUGAUCUAUCAGAGGAACCAGGCCAUUUUCACCGAGAUUUCCUUCCUGCAGACUGUUCGCUUGCUCUUCAAGAAAAUUCAGUACAGCUUCUUCUCGCACAGGCGGAACGAUGACAUAAGCAUGAACAACAUUUUCUUCUUCAACGUGCGCCAGGACUACUCCAAACUGGAAAAGGAAGUGCGGGAGGAAGAAAUCCACCUAUCCAUGGCCUCCCGAUUUUACGAAAAAACCAUGUAUACGCUAUUUCAAAUGAUGUUCGUUACACGUAUAAGCAGACACAUAAACAAGCUGGACAGAAAGUUUGGAAAUGCCAGCAUGAUGGGCCUCGCAGUGGAAGAGGAACCGGCACUCCAGUUUAAGUACGUCUACUAUGGUAAUAUGUUUGAUAGUAUGUUAAAUGUCUUCUUCCCCAUGUUUAUAAAGAAGCCUGUCAUUCAGCUCAAGUACGGAAAGACCUUUGUGUUGGCCAAUAUGUACAGGCUGGCGUCCAAUCUCUUUGCUAUCUACAAUUUGAACAAUUUGAGUGCACUUUGCGAUUAUCAAUCCAUGACGAGUGCUAAUACCUACGUCUUUCAAAAGGCGAUGAAGUUCCUCGACAAGAAGUAUAUUCCCAUCGUCAUAGCUGCGUUCUUUAUGAAGAUCAAGAUGGAUAUAGGGGAAGUAGAAAAAUAUAAAGAUGGCUUUUGGAAGGGAUACUACGAGACCCGACUCGAGGGACUCAAAAGCUUACAAUAUUUCGCUUACCUGUCCAUCUAUAGCGGUGGAAACGCAUACAUGCGGAACCAUUUGUUCUUCCCAAACCCGCUGAGCGAAGAACUGUCAAAGCAAACGAAAGGCCUCGUUAAUACUCCUCCCCCAAAAAAGCCAGAAACACAUCGAAUCAGUGGAAUUGUUUUAAUGGCAAUGGUCCACUCCUUGUCAAUCACAUUCUUCAUUUUUACUGUUUUAAGGUGGUAUGCCUAUUACGACAACGUUAUUUUCCUAUUGAGAAACACUUUCCGUGUCUUCGAUAGAUUCUACACCAUCCUAGAAAACUAUGUGAAUGUAUUCAUAAAAAAACUGUACAACCGAGUUACAACGGACGCUCUGCUCAAGUCGCUCAGACGGGCCUACGACAGAGUCAAGAAUGAGGGCUACUAUGAGGAGGGAAUUAGGGCAAGAGUUAACACGAAAGAAUUUGCGCAGAAGGAGAAAACUGAGGAAUCUUCCGAACCACCUCCCGCCCUGACAGAAGUUGACAUUGAGGAUUCUCAGGAAAAUAGUAGUCUGUUCUAUGUAGACAACGACUCCAUGUUCGAAGACCUCGAUGAUGAGGAGCAGUUCCUAAAUGAAAGAGAUAUCAUUUUUUAUGAGGAUAACAUUGACAAGAGGCCUAUUUACAACUUUGUCCCAGUAAAGAAUACCUUAUAA